UUUGACUUCCUGUUUUUUUACAGGAAGUUGUGGCGUUUCUGCUGCUAUCGACAUACAGAGCAAUGCUGGCAAAUUCAAACAUUUUAAGCAAUUUUUCUGUUGUUUUACCAAGGACGAGUCCGGAACCAGUUCUCUAAAUAUCUGUCUUCUGGUCCAUGUGCAGCCAUGAGCGCCACUUUGGACAUACGACUAAAAAGAGCCAAUAAAGUUUAUCGUGAAGGGGAGGUGGUGGCCGGUGUCAUCGUGCUGGCGUCUAAAGAGCCGCUGCAGCAUCAUGGCAUCACUCUCAGCAUGGAGGGACUGGUGAACCUGCAGCUGAGCUCCAAGAGCGUCGGCGUCUUUGAGGCGUUCUACAACUCUGUCAAGCCCAUCCAGCUGAUCAGCACCAACAUUGAGGUGGCCAAGGCAGGAAAGAUCCCAGGAGGCAAGACUGAGAUCCCGUUCGAGUUCCCUCUGCACGCAAAAGGCAACAAGGUCCUGUACGAGACCUACCACGGGGUGUUCGUCAACAUUCAGUACACGCUCCGCUGUGACUUGAAGCGCUCCCUGCUGGCCAAGGACCUGAGCAGGAACUGUGAGUUCAUUGUGCACUGUCAGCCACAGAAAUCCAGAGUUGUCCCAACACCAGUAAACUUUACCAUCACACCAGACACCCUGCAAAACACCCGUGAGAGGAGUUUACUGCCAAAGUUUCUAAUCAGAGGUCACUUAGACGCCACCAACUGUGUGAUCAGCCAGCCUCUAACUGGAGAGGUGGUGGUGGAGCACUCAGACGUUCCCAUCAAGAGUAUCGAGCUGCAGCUUGUGCGAGUGGAGACCUGCGGUUGUGCUGAAGGCUACGCCAGAGAUGCCACAGAGAUCCAGAACAUCCAGAUCGCUGAAGGAGACGUCUGCCAUGGCCUCUCUAUUCCCAUCUAUAUGAUCUUCCCCAGACUGUUCACCUGCCCCACAUUAGAGACCACCAACUUUAAAGUCGAGUUUGAAGUCAACAUUGUGGUUGUGCUUCAUGAUGACCAUCUGAUCACAGAGAACUUCCCUCUGAAGCUGUGCAGAAUCUGAACCUAUAGAAGACCCAUCAGCACACAGGCCUGCUGCCGCUCUCGGUAGACAACCCACUACACUAUUUUUCCCCAAACACCAACAUGUCCACUGCAGAAGACAUGAUGCCCCAGGUUUGUUUAGAAAUGUAAGCAAAAUAAAUGCAGACAGGUUCUUCUGAUAAUGAGUUGUGACUUUAAUAGGACAGUUGCCUUUCUAAAUAUAACCUAAAUAGACACUAUACGGACUUGUGUGAUGUCAUAAUUAGUGAAGUUCAAAUCUCUUACUGUACCACAAUGUUUAGUAAACUUGAACAGCAUUAGAUGCUUAAACAAACAUGACUGGUUUAGUGACAUUUAAUGGUGAAAUUUUUGCUGAAGAGCAGUAGAAAUGGCAACAUGCUACAGACAUAUUUUGAAGAGUUUAAUAAAACAAUUAGUAAUAAAAAAAACAAGCCAUUUAGGUAGUAUAGAAGAGGAUGCAAAUCUAGGCAUUAUGGGACUUGCCGUCUCCUGCCAGUCAGCACAGGGAAAUCUUCAGGCAGCAAGGCAUGAUCUCUGCAAGUGGGACAAGUGCUCUGCUCCUUGAGCCACGACCUGAUACACUGAACACAAGUGGUACACAUUAAAACCAGCUGAUGCUGAAUGCACAUUCAUGUUUUUAUGGUUAAUUCUGUUUUGCUAGUGUGAAUGUCCUGUGAAGGUAGGAAGAUCUAAUAAAAAAUCCUCCACUGCUCAGCCACCAGUUGAAACUUCGUCCUCACCUCGUUGUGGAAGCUGUGUCUGCACUCAAGCACACAGAUGUCGUCUGCAGUCAUGUCUUCAUGGCAGAUGAUGCAGGGAUCCUCCAUGUUUAGCUGCAAUAAAGACAGACAUUGAUUACUGACUGGUAACCCAGAAGAACUGUAGGAUGAUAAUUCUGCUCUGUGUUCUUUUUUCUUCAGGUUAUUCUUUAAUGAGUGAAGGAUUAUGUUAUGUUUAAUGUAUUAUCAGGUCAAUAAUGAGUGUAAAUUGCUGUGGUAAUACAUUACACCUGCUACAUAUUGGCAUAACAAAGGCUCCCUUUGUUUACAUUUACUUAAACUAAAUUAACAGUUUGCUAAUUUGUCCUAAGGCAGUUCCGGCUUAUAAAAAGACAACAGUAAAUAUUUAAUAUAGAAUUUCUGCCUUAAAUACACAUUCCCUCCUUAAUUAUGCAUUUAUGGAUUAAAUUUUUUUUAAUUGAAGCAUUCAGCUGUUUAAAAUGUGGAAUUAAAACAAUUUGUAAAUAUUAAUUUUAUUUAUCUAUUUUUUUCAUUGUAACAAAAUGUGAAAAAUCUAAGAGUGUGUGAGACCAACACGGUUACCUCGCAGAGUUUUGUAAUGUCAGUCCACUUAAUAGCUUUAGAUAGUUUAGACUUACUGCACUGGAAUGUGUUGUUCUUUGGUGUCCAACUGACUGCCAGACUGGAGCUGGGGUCACCAAAGGAGGAGUAGCGCUGUGAGCAGGAUCCCCAUUUCCUGCAGCGUUGGAGCUGCUGGAAUUAAUAUUGUCCUGAAAGAGAGGAUAAGACCAUCAGUGGAAUUACUCUUAGCAAACACAUUGGUUUUCACAACUGCAAAUAAAGAACCUUGGCCACAA